AAUGUCGAGUUCACAAUGUACUUCCAAUGCGAUUUGAACGUCUCAGCUCCCGUUUUCGUCCAAAAGCUUAUCGAUAAAGCGAAGCCAAAGUUCAUGUGCGAUAAGGCAAAAGCACUUCGACGCGCCAUUAGAAAAAUGCACAUUGAUCCUGAACAUCUGGAGAAGUGGUAA